AGUAAUUAAUUUAAAACCUUGGAGACUAAAUUCCGUAGAGAAAAUAAUUUUAUGGGUCUUUAUAAAUUUGUUUUAAAUUUUAUGAUCCUAUCUAUGUGGGCUAGUAACUUCAUUCUUUUUAUUGAUUUUUGGUUUUAGAAUGAACCGCAAAAGUUAUUGUACAUUACUUAGAAAAGAGUAGCUUAAAAAAUCGUGAAGUAUCUAACACAUUAUAUAGUGUAAGAUUCCAACCACAAUGCGCGGUGACACGCGUGAUCUCCACCUUCGUCUUCUUCCUUACUCCUCCUUCCUACUUUCCUUUCUUCACUUCACCACUAACCCCUCAAAUCUUCUUCUCAUUUACACAUAUCAUAUACAUACACGCCCCAGAAUCACCCACCUACCCCCCUCCAACUCCUACCCCAAGCCAUUUCCUCUCAGCUUGCAUCCUUCACUCUGUAAAUAUACACAUAAAACACACACAGAGACCUUUAUAUAUAAAUAUACUUAUACUACUACAAGUUCCUUCCAUUUUCACCCUUUAAAAAACUAGAUCUUGGGUUCAAUGGCGAUUUGGAAGGUGAGUUUUGCAGCGGUGGUGGUGGGGUUAACUAUGGCGGUUGAAUGUGGGGUAGUAGCGGCGGAUAUGUUCUAUUCCUCAAAGUUAGUCCAUAGAUUCUCCGACGAGGUAAAAAAACUUAGGGUUUCAAGGAAUGGGGAAGUGUGGCCGCAGCACAGGAGCUUGGAGUACUAUGGGAGGCUGAUGAGCAGCGAUUUGCAGCGGCAAAAAAUGAAGCUUGGUCCUCAGUUUCAGCUUCUUUUCCCUUCCGAGGGUAGCAAAACGAUGCCGUUAGGAAAUGACUUUGGAUGGUUACAUUACAUGUAUAUUGAUAUAGGAACCCCAACUGUUUCUUUUCUCGUCGCACUGGAUGCUGGAAGUGACUUGCUUUGGGUUCCAUGUGAAUGUGUACAAUGCGCUCCUCUAUCAGCCAGUUACUAUAGCAGCCUGGAUAAAGAUCUAAACGAGUACAAUCCAUCCGGCUCAAGCACAAAUGAUACAUCCACAUCUGGAGUGCUCGUGGAAGAUAUCUUGCACCUUGCAUCAGGCAGCCGUAUGACAGCCAACAGCUCUGCUAGAGCUCCAGUCAUUUUCGGGUGUGUUCCAUUGAGCAACUUAUGUGGCAGUAAGCAAACUGGUGGUUACCUGAAUGGAGUUGCACCUGACGGUCUUUUGGGUUUGGGGCCUGGAGAGAUUUCAGUUCCUAGUCGUCUUGCAAAAGCUGGAUUUGUCCGAAACUGCUUUUCUCUUUGUUUUAAGGAAGAUGAUUCAGGAAGGAUUUUCUUUGGAGACCAAGGGCCUGCUACCCAGCAGAUAACUUCCUUUCUGCCUUCAGAUGGACAAUUUGUUACUUAUCUUGUUGGGGUGGAAUCAUGUUGUGUUGGGAGCUCCUGUAUUGAACAGACAAACUUCAAAGCCAUUGUGGAUAGUGGGACAUCCUUUACAUUUCUCCCAGAUCAAAUUUACGAUAGAGUCGUUAAAGAGUUUGACAGGGAAGUGAAUGCUACAAAAGCCAGCUUUGAAGGAUAUCCUUGGCAAUAUUGCUACAAAUCCAGUUCUGAAGGGUUACCAAAGAUUCCUUCAUUUACUCUGAAGUUCAUGACGAACAGCACUUUUAUAGUCCAGGAUCCUGUAUUUGUGAUUUAUGGCAGUCAGGUAAGUUCUUGA